ACGGGGGCUAGUCGGGUUUUUAUCUUUGACCAUACUAUUCGCCGGCAGCUACCUGGCACAGCAGCACAAGGACGACCAGCUCGCGGACCCGUGCAAAGAGUUCAUAUUGAUCAAUCUUACAAGGCCGCUCUUUCCCGGGUUCCUCACCACCUCCCAGAUGAUGCCGAUAAGUUGCUCAAAGGUCGAGUACAAAUCAUCAACGUUUGGAGGCCCAUCAAAACAGUUCAACGAGACCCACUCGCCAUUGCGGACGCCAGGUCUGUCGCCGAGUCAGAUCUAGUCGUAACCGAACAUAUUUACCCUGAUCGGCGAGGAGAGACAUACGCAGUGAGACAUAGCAACGCUCACAAGUGGUACUACAAAGAUGGUCUCACACCGAACGAAGUAUUUCUUAUUAAGUGCUUCGACAGCAAGACAGACGGAAGAGCUAGAAGAGUCCCUCACACUGCUUUCGUUGAUCCAACGGCAAGCUCGGAUGCACCACCUAGAGAAAGCAUAGAGGUUCGAGCUCUUGUUUUCCAUCCGGAAGACCAAACAUAG